GGACCCAAAAAGUGGAAAUUCAAGUCUUGAAUCAACGGAAGUUCAUACGUGUAUUCGUAGCAAAAUCGAUCACGUUUAUUCAGGUGAAAUGGACCCAAGUAAUGGGAAUUUGAAUCAUGAAUCAACGGAAGUUCCAAUAGAUAUGAAUCAGCAGCAGCAAAAUCUGGAACGAAGUGAACAAACUAUUCAGUGGUUACCUUCCCUUCAUUUGUUGACUGAUCGGAACCCACGUAAGGAAGAAUUACGUUUGCAUCUUCUUAAAGCUGCAAUAGAGGGAAAUAUUGAUGCAGUUAAAAGUCAGUUCAAUAAUCCUCUGUUCAGUAAUUCUUCAUCAAGCUCAUCAAGUGCGUCUUCUUCAUCAAGCCCAUUAAAUGCCGCUUCGCCACCAAGCCCAUUCAAUGUUGCAAUAACAGAGAAACAUGAAACUAUUUUCCAUGUAGCAGCAGGAGCAAAUCAAACUGACUUUUUAGAGAAGAUGAUUGAUGAGAUAGCAGCAGAUGACCUCAAGUUGCAAAACGUAAAAGGGAACACUGCCUUCUGUUUUGCUGUUAUGGCUGGGAAUAUAUCAAUUGCUGAGAAAAUGUUGAAAAAGAAACGAGACCUGUUGACAAUCCGAGGUGGCGGUAAUUUGACUCCGCUAAAUCUAGCUGCUAUGUUUGGAGAAAGAGAAAUGGCGAUAUAUUUAUACCGGCAGUAUUAUAGAGGAACACUGACAUUAGCCGACAAAAAACAAUUAUUGUUUGAUAGCAUCGAUACUACUUUGUACGAUCUUGCAAGGGAAUUGCUAGAAGAUGAAGAUGAUAAUGAAAAUGAAUUGGCUAUGACUGAAUACGAGCAUGGCAACAAUCUUUUGACACCCUUGCAUCGGUUGACUUUAACGCCCUUUCAUAUGUUGGACCAAAAUCGCAGAAGUAAAGAAACAGUCUUAUCAAAUAGAGUUUUAGAGUCUGUGAAGUGUCUUUGGGAGAAAAUAUUAGAGAUAAGAAAGAGCAAAAGUGACAGAACAACUUUAAUAAAUCAAGCUCUAGCGUUAGUCGAAUGCCUUUGGAAGAAAAUAUUCAACACAAAGCGCGACCAAGUUUGGGAUUACUUAAAAGAGCAUCGUGAUUUACUGUUCACAGCAGCCCAAUUGGGAAACUUCAAAUUCUUGGGUAAACUCAUUAAACUUUAUCCUGAUUUGGUUCAUCUUAAAGAUGCUGACGAACAGACCAUAUUUCACAUUGCGAUUAUGCAUCGUCAUGAUGAUUUGUUUAAGUUAAUAAAUCAUAUAGGUUUCAACAAACAUGUUGUAGCAUCAUAUGUAGACAUCAAGGAAAAUACUUUAUUACAUUUGGCUGCAACAUAUCCAGAUCCAAGACCAGUAAGCAUGGAAAAUAGUUUAUUACAUCUAGCUGCAAAAUAUCCUGGUCCAAGACCACUGAGCAAGGAAAAUAUUCUAUUACAACUAGCAGCAAAAUAUUUAGAUCUAAGACCACUGAGCACGGUGUCAAGUGCAACUCUAGAAAUGCAAAGAGAGUUACGCAUUUUUAAGGAUGUUGAAAAACUUGUAAUGCCUUCAUUUAGAGAAUUGAAGAAUUCAGAAGGCAAAACACCUCGAGAGCUCUUCACUAGUACACAUGCAUGCUUACAGAAAGACGGAGAAAAGUGGAUGAGGAGCAUAGCUAGUCAAUGCUUGCUUGUUGCAACAAUCAUUGCUACUGUGGUUUUUCAACCGGCUUUCACUGUACCAGGAGGUAACAAUGAUAAUGAAGGAAGGAAAAUUGUGCUUCGUAUAUUUGCUAUGGCAAAAGUGAUUGCAUCAUUUUCCUCUUCGAUUUCAAUUCUAACGUUCUUGUCUAUUCUUACAUCCUGUUACGUAGAAAAUGAUUUUUUGAUAUCACUACCGCUUAAGUUGGUGGUGGGAUUGUUAAUGCUAUUCCUAUCUAUAGGAACCAUGAUGCUAGCUUUGAUUUUAAGCAUUUUAUACAGCUUACGAUCACCCUAGAUCAAAUGCAAUCCUCAUUCUUUGUGCCAUAUUUGUAUCUCUACCCUGUUUGCAUUUGAUUCGUCACAGUAUAGUCUCCUUAGAGAUAUGUUGUACUCAUUCUGUUUUAGGUUUCUCUUUUAAGUCUGUAUGAUGUUGUAUUAUGUAUU